UUUUUAUCUGCCUGGUACCUUACUUUUACUAUCGUUAGUUCUUGUAUGUAGUUUUGCGACUUAUCUGGUAUAUAAAAGACAAAAAUUCUUGCAUAUUCCGAGUCCACCUAUGUCGAGAUUGUCUGUGAGGAGUGGUCACUUUUAAGGAAGGAUUGAAAUUUGAAAAGACUCGGUCGGUAAUUUGCAAAAGCAAAACUUUUGCUUUUAAUUUCCAGGUGCUAAAUUUAGUUUUUUUAAGGGCCAUGCAGAUGAGAUAAGUUCUAUGCGUCAUACAGGUUAUCCCACAGAUCAAAAGUUUCUGGAAUGGCAUAUAGUGUAUGGCAAGGUUCUUGUUGUCUGGUUCUGGCACAUUCCUGUGCUUCUGGUGGUUGAUCCAGAAAUAAUUAAGAAUGUGCUUGUAGUCAAGUGCCAACCUAAAGAGGCCAUGUCUUAUAAAAUACUGGGAAGUCUCUAUGGACAAAGAUUUCUUGGCCGUGGAUUGGUAACCAACCUUGAUGACGAUUCUUGGAAGAAAAGACGUGCCAUAAUGCACCCAGCCUUCCAUCGCAAGAGUCUAAAAGAUUUGAUGGGCUCUUUUAAUUCUACUGCUGACCUUUUGCUUGAACACCUGGGUACAAUGGCUGAUGGACAAACAGAAAUUCAUAUGUUUAACCAGUUUACCAAGGCAGCAUUAGAUGUCAUUUGUAAGGUGGCAUUUGGCAUGGACUUAGAAAUUAUGAGUGGAAAGGACAACAAGUUUUCUGAAGCUGUCUCUUUGAGUUUUUAUGGAGUAGAAGAAGCAUCUUUUGACAUCUUCCACCGGUUCAACGUUUUCCAGUAUCCAUUCCAACGAAAAGUGGUUAAGGCUGUGCAGUUUUUGCGUGAAACUGGAAGGAAAGUGAUUGAAGCAAGAAAGCAUGCCAUGGCAAGAGGAGAAGAGGUCCCUGAUGAUAUAUUACAACGAAUUAUUCAGCAGCAAGAAGAAAUUCCUGAGCUUGGAAUUGAAGACUUAGUGGAUGAUUUUGUGACUUUCUUCAUCGCUGGUCAUGAAACUACUUCCAGUUUGUUGGCGUUUUGUGUUCUUGACCUAGGAGACCAUCCUGAUAUUCAGGACAGCCUGGUUGGAGAAGUGUUUGACGUCCUGGGCGAAAAACAGCAUGUCGCGUUUGAUGACUUGGCUAAACUCCACCAGUUGGGAUUGGUGAUAAAAGAGACAUUGCGGCGUCAUCCACCAGCGACUGGUAACAUACGAAAGAUUGAAAAGGGUCAAGAUGUCGGAGGAUAUAAAAUACCUACAGAUGUCGCCAUCAUUACGAGCACCUAUGUGGCCAGUCACUUUCCUGAAUACUGGAAAAACCCAGAGGAAUUCAACCCUUACCGAUUUGACGAUGGCGAAGUACUUAGGAGGUGUCAUUACAGCUACUUCCCAUUCUCACUUGGACCUCGCAACUGCAUUGGACUAAACUUCGCCCAGAUCGAGGCCAAGGUUCUGCUGUCACGCUUUCUUCAGACGUUCAAGUUUUCUUUGGUACCUGAUCAGUCGCGCGCUGUUCUUGAAAGAGGGACCCUCCGACCCAAGGAUGGUGUGAAGUGUACAUUAACUAAACGGCACUAGGAACAAGUGCGUUCGGUCCAAUUGAGUGUCUUUUAGCUGUUUUAUACAAAGAAAAUAUUUAUGGAUAACACUUCACAGUAUUCUGUUUAUU